GGAGCCGUCGACGGCGUGAAGGAUGCCGUCGAGGGUGUCAAGAACAUGGCCGUCUCCGAGGCCCAGCAGCAACAAUCUCAGCAGAAGAAGCAGCAAAAGAAGGACAAGAAGAAGGGCGCACAGGAAGAGGGUGAUGCCCGUCCCCUGGAAAUGACCCCUCCCCUCAAGGCCGAGUACGACCAAUGGGUUGCCCAACAGCCCCGCGACGACAUCAACAUCACCAUGCCCGAUGGCAACGUCCGCGUCGGCAAGGCUUGGGAGACCACUCCUGCUGAGAUCACCCGUGGCAUCAGCAAGUCGCUGUUUGAGCGUACCGUCAUCUCCAAGGUUGACGGGGAGCUGUGGGAUCUGGAUCGUCCUCUGGAGAAGAGCUGCAAGCUGGAAUUGCUCGACUUUGAACACCCCGAGGGAAAGAAGGUCUUCUGGCACUCGAGCGCUCACGUCUUGGGUGAGGCUUGUGAGAGAAGAUUCGGCUGCAGCUUGUGCAUUGGUCCCCCUGUCGACGAUGGUUUCUACUACGAGAUGGCUCUCCCCAACCAGGAGCCUGUCCUGGAGUCGGACUGGAAGCCCCUGGAGAAGGUUGCCGAGAAGGCCAUCAAGGAGAAGCAGACCUUUGAGCGUCUUACUCUGAAGAAGGAGGAUUUGCUUGAGAUGUUCAAGUACAACAAAUACAAGCAGCAUAUUAUCCAGGACAAGAUCCCCGAUGGCACCAGCACCACCGUCUACCGUUGCGGUCCCUUGAUCGAUCUGUGCAGAGGCCCUCACAUUCCUCACACUGGUAGAAUCAAGGCUUUCCAGAUCAUGAAGCGUAUCUACGGUGUCUCCUUCCCCGACAAGGCCAUGAUGGUCGAGCACAAGAAGUACCUCGAGGAGGCUGCCAAGCGCGAUCACCGCAAGAUUGGUAAGGAGCAAGAGCUCUUCUUCUUCCACGACAUGUCUCCCGGCUCCUGCUUCUUCCUCNCCCACGGUAUGAUCAUCUACAACGCCCUUCAGAGCUUCCUCCGCAACGAAUACUGGAGCCGUGGUUACCAAGAAGUCAUGUCCCCCAACAUGUACAACUCUGCCCUCUGGAAGCAGUCUGGUCACUGGCAACAUUACAAGGAUGACAUGUUCACCUUUGAGGUUGAGAAGGAUCAGUGGGCCUUGAAACCUAUGAACUGCCCUGGUCACUGUCUGCUCUUUUCCCACCGCGAGCGCAGUUACAGAGAAUUGCCCAUGAGAAUUGCCGACUUUGGUGUUCUCCACCGUAACGAGGCUUCUGGUGCUCUCACCGGUCUCACCAGAGUUCGUCGCUUCCAGCAGGAUGACACCCACAUUUUCUGUACCGAGGAUCAGGUCGAGUCUGAGAUUCUUGGUCUCUUCGACUUCCUCCGCACUGUCUAUGGCAAGUUCGGUUUCACCUUCAAGAUGAAGCUUUCUACCCGUCCCGAGGGCCAUCUUGGUGAUGUCGCUACCUGGGACAAGGCUGAGGCCCAACUUACCAAGGCUCUCGAUCAGUUCGUUGCCGGUGGUGGUUCUCAGUGGGAGCUCAACCCUGGUGAUGGUGCCUUCUACGGCCCCAAGAUUGAUAUCACCAUCUCAGACGCUCUCAAGCGUGAGUUCCAGUGCGCCACCAUCCAGCUCGACUUCCAGCUUCCUCAGCAAUUCAACCUUGAGUACCGCAGUGCCGAGGCUGGUGAGGCCAAGGCCAAGGGUGAGGAGGUCAAGGAGGCCCCUGUCCUCGAGCAGAAGCCUACCGAGGAUGCUCCUGCUGCCGAGGGCGAGAAGGGUGAGAAGAGCGCAGCCAGCUACCGUCGUGAGUUGACUCCUGGCUGCCAGCGCCCUGUCAUGAUUCACCGUGCUAUCUACGGCUCGUUCGAGCGUUUCAUCGCCAUUCUCACCGAGCACUUUGCCGGCAAGUGGCCAUUCUGGCUCUCUCCCCGCCAGAUUCUCAUUGUCCCCGUCAUGCCCGCCGUCAACGACUACGUCGAGGAGCUGCAGGCCCUGUUCCGCGGCAAGGGUAUGCACGCCGACAUCGACAUCACCGGCAACACCAUGCAAAAGAAGAUCCGUACCGGCCAACUCGCCCAAUACAACUUCAUCUUCGUCGUCGGUGCCCAAGAGAAGGAGUCUCGCACCGUCAACAUCAGAAAUAGAGAUGACCCCGAGACCCAGAAGUUGGGUGAGCUCAUUCCUCUCGAUGUUGCCGUCCAGAAGAUGGAGGCACUGAGAGACGAGAGAAAGCUGAAGACUGAGCUGUAA